GAUUCUUGUUUUCCCCCAAAAACCUCUUGUUUUAGGGGACACAUUUUUCUCCAGAAAACGAGACUGGUUUGGGGACCAUAUAAUUGAGAUCUUGGAUGAUAUUGUGGAGAUUCUGGAGGAAAAGAACAUCCUAUGCAUCAGUACUUGUUUUUGCCAAUUUAAAACAGUCAUUUGCUCUUUUGUGGUGUCUACUUAAUUAAAGCAACUUCAGUCUGGUUUUAGGGGUUUGCAUUUUUGAUGGAAUGCAACAAAGAAGAGGCCAUCAGGGCCAAGGAAAUUGCAGAGAAGAGGAUGAUGAACAAGGAUUUCCAUGGGGCUCUCAAAAUUGGGCUCAAGGCCCAACAACUCUAUCAUGAUCUGGAAAACAUAUCUCAGAUGCUAAUGGCAUGUGAAGUGCAUUGUGCUGCUGAAAAAAAGAUUUUUGGGAAUGAGAUGGACUGGUAUGACAUACUUAAAAUUGAGCAGACUGCAGAUGAGGCCACAAUCAAGAAGCAGUAUAGGAAGUUUGCUCUCCUGCUCCAUCCUGAUAAGAAUAAGUUCCCUGGUGCAGAAGCUGCUUUUAAGCUGAUUGGGGAGGCUCAAAGAGUGCUUUUGGACCAAAGUAAAAGGUCUGCAUAUGACAUGAAACACAGGGUAACUCUUGGUAAACCGGCACCAACAGCAGCAGCUCGGCAGCCACAGAGGUCAAGUUGGAACCCACAUGUUACUGCUCAGACCAAGUUCCGCACCAACCUUCCAGGUUCAAUUCGCCAACAAAAGCAGCCACAACAGCAAUCUCAACAAGCACAUAGCAAUGGCCGGCCAACUUUCUGGACCAAGUGUCCAUUUUGUACAGUCAAAUACCAGUAUUAUACAGACAUUCUCCAUAGGACUCUUCGUUGUCAAACUUGUGAUAAGUCCUUCAUUGCAUAUAAUUUGGGUGCAGCUCCUCAGGCAACUGAUGCAAGUCAACCAAAGGCUCCCCAACGGAAAGAUGUCCAGAAUCAGGGUGCUCAAAAUGUGAAACAAGGAUUUCAUGCAAAUUUACACACUGAGAAUUCCAAAGCAGCAUCUUCUUCAAAGGCGGCCCAUGAUUCAUGUGUUGGAACAGGAGAUGCGAAUGAUAAGAGAGGAAGGAAGCGACCAGUGGAAUGCAGUGAAAGCUGUCAUACAGAAAGCAGCAGUGGCUCAGAAGAUGAUAUUCUGAUUGAUGAGAGAAGUAAUGUUCAGGCUGGAAAGGAUGUUAAAUGUCCUAGAGAGAACCUGCGUAGAUCUGUUAGGCACAAGCAGGAGGUUUCAUACAGAGAAAAUUUAAGUGAUGAUGAAGACUUGGUUAACCCGCCAAAGAGGGCGAAGGGGAGCAGUUCAUCCAAUGCAACUGAAGAAGAUGGAGACACACCAAAAGAAGAGACACACGAAAUCAACAACUUAGCCAAUGGGAAGAAGGAAGCCAAGAAGGUAUUUGGACAGGAAACAACAAAAGAGGGUGAUCCUAAGAAAUGUUCUGAAGCUUGUGCUGAUGGUGGUAAGAUGAAUUUUAAUGCUGAUUCCAAGUCAAAUUUAAGCCCCCAAAGCAGCCAAGAACCGGAUAUUUACUUAUACCCUGAUCCAGAUUUUAAUGACUUUGACAAGGACAGGAAAGAAGCAGGUUUUGCUGUAGGGCAGAUUUGGGCUGCUUAUGAUACACUUGAUGCAAUGCCUAGAUUUUAUGUUCGAAUUAGAAAAGUCUUUUCUCCUGGGUUUAAGCUGCGCAUAACCUGGCUAGAACCUGAUCCAGAUGAUGUGAAUGAAAUCAAAUGGGUUGAUGAAGGCUUGCCAGUUUCAUGUGGAAAGUUCAGAUAUGGGAAUUCUGAAAACACUGAAAAUCGUCUCAUGUUCUCUCAUUUGAUGCGUUGUGACAAUGGAGCACGGAGAGAUACUUUCAAGGUAUUUCCAAGAAAGGGGGAAACAUGGGCCCUCUUUAAGAACUGGGAUAUCAAAUGGAACUCUGAUGCAGGCUCUAACAGGAAGUUUGAAUAUCAAUUUGUUGAAAUCCUGUCAGAAUAUGACGAUGGUGCAGGUAUACUUGUUGCUUGCUUGGUUAAGGUGAAAGGCUUUGUGAGUCUAUUCUGUCGAAUGGUGGAGGAUGGAAUUGAUGCGUUUCAAAUUCCACCCAGCAAGCUCUUCAGGUUUUCCCACAGGGUUCCCUCAUUUAAGCUGACAGGUAUGGAGAGAAAAGGUGUACCUAAAGGAUCCUUUGAACUUGAUCCAGCUUCAUUGGCUACUAAUCUUGAAGAAAUUGUUGUUCCUAAGGAGUUGCAUUCAAGAUCUCCUGGGAAAGUGAAACGAAAGAUGGGCUCUGAGAAAAUUGCACCUGUGAACCAUGAUGAAGUGAAACAGACUGAUCCAGAUCUUGAGAGUUAUAGUGCUAACAAUGCUACUGAAGAUCAUAGUUCUUCGUCAGCUUCAUCCCCAGAAAUCAUUGAAUACCCAGAUCCUGAAUUUUAUAGUUUUGAUGAUGAAAAAUCCCAGGAGAAGUUUCGAGUUGGACAGAUCUGGUCCUUGUACUGUGAUGAGGAUGGCUUGCCUAAGUAUUAUGGUCAAAUUAUCAAAAUUGAGUCCAACCCAGUUUUCAAAUUGUAUGUAAGAUGGUUUUGUGCCUGCCCAUCACAAGAAAUGAUUCAUUGGCAUGAUAAAGACAUGCUUAUUUGUUGCGGAAGAUUUAAACUUAAAAAGGGUUCGUCUGAAGUUGAUGUGUACACUAACACUUCAUUCUUUUCACAUCAGUUAAAAGCAGAGGAUGCUGGUAGAAAGAAUGAAUACAAGAUCCUCCCAAGGAAAGGAGAGGUCUGGGCAUUGUAUAAGAACUGGACUGCUGAAAUUAAACUUUCUGACCUGGGGAGCUGUGAAUAUGAUGUUGUGGAGGUGUUGGAUGAGAGUGAUUCCUGGAUAAAGGUAAUAAUUUUAGAGCGUGUAAAUGGUUUCAGCUCUGUUUUUAAGGCCCAGUUGAAGGGAAGAACAUAUGUUACAGUGGAAAUUCCUAGAGUGGAGCUACUUAGAUUUUCCCAUCAGAUCCCUUCAUUUCGGUUGACAGAGGAGAGGGGUGGUAGCUUAAGAGGCUUCUGGGAACUUGAUGCUGCAGCAUUGCCGCUGGGGUAUUUCUCAUAGAAUGCUGUCUGAAGCUCAUUUGGAGAAAAGUCAAAAUCACUGGGGUUUAACUGGAUGCUGUGCCUGAGGUUUGAACUGCAUCAAUCAUGUGCCUCAGGUGUGAUGUGACAUUCUUGUUAUGUUCUUAUUUCCAGUGUCUCCUGCCUCUGGUUUUCCCAUGCAGCUUGACUAUAGUUUAAUACAACUUACUGAUGGCUCUAAUCAUGACAAGGUGCAUUGUUUUUCUCCUCAUAGAUGUUGACUCAAAAUUAAAGCUGCAGUUAUCUGUAAACUUCCUUCUUUUUACUUUUUUGGGAUACUGUUAGUUCUUACCUUGAUGUGGAAAUUAUAUGUUAGUAUCCCUGCAAAUGCUUUCUCUGUUGUCAUAGCGGUUUCUACUGUGACAAACUUUUAGCAUUUUUCUCUUUGUGGAAUUACAAACUUAAUGAAAAUUAGCUCCUUAA